UUCGUUUCGCAAUACCUGGACAGUCUUUCAGCAAUUGAGCAACGUCUGCGUUCAGAUUUAAUAUAUUUCUACGAAAGCUUGUGGACAGAGACAACAUACAAGCUCUCACAGCUGGAAGUUGGGUUUUAUGGUAUGGAGGUUACUGCGCCCCGGUGUAGUAAUCAGGCUGUGCUCAGUUAUUGAGCAAAAGCGUGGCUCAGUAUCUCUCAGAGACAAAGACAGAUUCCAUGCUUCAGCGGAAUCGAUGAGGCUGUUCCGGUCUGUUUAAGCGGCGGGUCUAGUGUGUGUUCUGUGUUCGACUGGCCGCGGGAUGUAAAGGAGCAGCUCUGUGGCGUGUGCUGUUAUGGACUGCCUCGACAGAAACGGGACGCUGGCCAGUUUCCUACGGAGCGAGCGGCACGGCGGAGCGCUGAGAGGAGCGAGUACGGACCGCGGCCGAGGCUGAUGGCCGUGUCUGCGGGAGCGGGGGUUGAUAGAUUGAGGCUCUGAAGCUCGGCUGAGGGAAGAAAAGGCGGACGCUGUGCGGAGCGGAGAGAGGCUGGCGCGCGGGGCUGCUGCAGAGAGGGCGGAGGAACAGAGGGAAGACAUUCAGUCGCUGAUGUGGAGAAAAGCAAUGGCCUCCGUGCGCGAGACGGCAGUAGCUUUUCUUCCCUCUGCUUCGCUGCUGGACGAGCACGAUCACUGUUGUUGUUGUUAGGCUGGCUUGUUAUGGCGCGCAAGGGGACUGGUGAGGACUGAGGUUGGUGCGUUAAAAGCGAGAAAUCCUGGCCGUGUGCAUGGCAUGUGUGUAUCCCACAACGACCCCCCUUCCAACGAACAAACAGACACGCGCGCGCACGCGCGCACACACACUCGCACACAAGCGCGCGCACAGCACAAUUCAUUUUUUAGCACAUGAACUUUUUUUGUAUUUUUGUUUACGAAGGCAUAAAUAUGUAUGUUUAGUGCGAAAAAGAUUUGAAAGCGAUUCGAUUUGCACCGAAUAUUCGGCAUCCGAAAAAAGCACUGCCGAUGUUCGGGCGAAUAAGUGAACAGACAACAUAAUUUACACCGAGCAAUGUUUUUUUUAUAACUAGCUGGUAUUCAAAAAAAUAUUUAAAGUACAAUGUAAAUGUAACUAUUUUUAAAUUGUAGUUUUGUAACAGUAACUUUGUAAAAAGUCGGCCUUUUGCCAAAUGUUUUAUUUUGUUCGGUUUCGACCAAAAAAUUAAAUGUCGGUGCAUCUGCAGCAGCAAAACACCGCCAUCCCGCCAAUUCCACCGAUCCCCCGCGUCCUAAAGCACUCCCGCGCAGCUUACGCCAUGAAACUCCUCCGGCCGCAGCGCCUGCAGGCGUAGAGCGGACUCGGCGCGCUCGGCGUUCUCCACUUGGCGCUGACCGAUGGCUGCGGCGGCGGACUGUGACAGCGGAAGAGGAGCAGCAGCAGCAUCAGCAGAGCACAGGAGCCCGCGGGCCAGCGAGCGCAACGGCUACGUGAGCACGUGCGUCACCCCUCUGGAACAGGACUGCUGCUGUGAGUGCGCGCAGGGGUGCGGCGGACUCGCAUCUGCGGCGUGCGUCGCCUUCGUCUCCGUUCUCCUCGCUCUGCUGCUGCAGCUGGUGGACUGGGAUGCGGAGCGUGGCGGGACGAGUGGCGGCGGCGGCGGAUGCAGCUCGCGGACAGCCUCUCUUUGUGCUCCUCAGCUGGUAGACGGCGGCGCCCUGUGCCACCUGAUCUCGCCCGCCUUCACACUCUUAUGUGCCUUCUUCUGGCUCGGCCUGUACCUGAUCCGCGGCGGCGCGCUCGCCGGCAGCGUCGUGCUCCUGCUCGCCUCGUGUCACGUGGGCGAGGCGGCGGCGCAGUGGCUCGUGCGCGGCGCGGACGAGCAGCUGCUAUCUUUCACGGCUAGCGCGGCGGUGCUCGCGUGCCUGGCCGGCGGGGCACUCAUGGUGGUUAGACUGGGCCAGGGUGUCUCCGUCAUCGUCUUCGUCAGCGUCGUGCGCGCCCUCGCGCUCAUCUCUCUGCAGAAAGUGCGCGCGGGUUGGAGACCGUACGUGGCCUACCUACUGGGGGUCCUUGGAAUCCUGCUGGCACGCUAUGCUGAUCGGCUGCUGCCGAGUCCGGGCCAGCAGCAGCAGCAGCGCGAGGGCUGUGCCUUCGUGACAGGCGCGCGAGGAGACAUUCCCGUCUUUAAAAGGCGCAGGAGGUCCAGCUCCGUUGUAUCUUCGGAAAUGGCACACCACGCGCUGUCCAGCAGCAAGUCGCACAGGAGGACAUCGCUGCCAUGCAUCCAGAGGGAACAGAUGAUCCCGCCACACGAAUGGGACCACAAGAGGAGUGCCCGUGGAUCACAGUCCUCAGGAACAAAUGUGAUGGUGGACAUUGCAGUGAUGGGUGAAGCCCAUGGGCUGAUCUCAGACUUGCUGGCUGACCCUUCACUGCCCCCAAACACCUGCAGCUCACUACGGGCUGUCAGUAACCUGCUCAGUACCCAACUCACCUUCCAGCCCCUCCACCACCGGCCACGCCUCUGCCCCCUGCUGGCCUUCAGCGAUGGACACACCUGUUCAGACUCUGAAGAAGCUCCUGAGAGGAGUGAGAGGCUAGCCAUCCCUAAGCGCUUACGGCGGAGUUUACCUCCUGGGCUUCUCCGACGCAUCUCCUCUUCAUGGACAACCACCACCUCUGCCACGGGGCUCCCCACCAUUGAGCCUGGCCCUGUAAGGCGAGACCACAGUGUGAGCACCAAACCCAUUCAUGACAGUCCCUCCAACAGGUCCAUGUCUGCCACCUUUGUCACCUCUGCCCCUAACUACCUCCACAGCAAAAGCAGGAGAGCAGGCUACCCUCCAUUUAACAUCUCGCCCAUGGUCUCCCCAUGUCAAUCACCUCCAGUCCAGGGAACCCCCGUCAACAGCCCCACCACCAAAGUCCCCACAGUGGACCUGCCUGACCCUGGGGCAAUGCAAAGCAACUGCCCCUCAUCAGUAACCCUUCACAAAGCCUUAACCCACAGUCAAAGCGCCCCAUCAUCCAGCACCACAAACUGGGUACCUCCACCACUCUGUAGCAGCUGUGGAAGGCCAUAUAGUAAACUGUGGCAUGGGGAGGGCUCCACAGACAAAGAUGAUCUAGCAGUGGCAUCUUCUGACUAUGACAGCACCUAUGAGACCAAUCACAGUGACAGCAGCGAUUUUGCACAGAAUGAAGAUGGAGAGGCCCAAAGAAAGCUCUGUUACACACAAGAAACAUGCGGGACAUUCCAAACAGAGGCUCUAGUCCUACGCCCCUUAAUACCAACAGAGGACAAGCCUAUUCUAGCCCCAGCACCACUGCUAAUGGAGGGCCUGGAGUUUUUCAUGAAUCAGAUAAACAAUUGGAACUUUCCUAUUUUUAACCUUGUAGAGAAAACACAUGGCAAGUGUGGCCGCAUCUUAAGCCAGGUGUCUUACAGACUGUUUGAAGACACUGGCCUUUUUGAAACCUUCAAGAUCCCACUGAAGGAGUUUAUGAAUUACUUCCAUGCCUUGGAGAAUGGUUACAGGGACAUCCCAUAUCAUAACCGGAUCCAUGCAACAGACGUCCUUCACGCUGUCUGGUAUUUAUCCACUCAGCCUGUGCCUGGCUUGCCUACAUUGGCCCACAGUUCUGCAUUAGUCAGUGAGUCAGACUCUGUCAGUGGGCUUGCUCAUGGUCACAUGGGUUAUGUGUUCUCGAAGACCUACCCAACAUUGGAAGAUGGCUAUGGCUGUCUUUCAGGGCUCAUUCCUGCCCUUGAGCUGAUGGCCCUGUAUGUGGCAGCAGCCAUGCAUGAUUAUGACCAUCCUGGCAGAACCAACGCCUUUUUGGUGGCCACCAGUGCUCCACAGGCGGUGCUGUACAAUGACCGUUCAGUUCUGGAGAAUCACCACGCUGCCUCUGCCUGGAACCUCUUCAUGUCUCGGCCUGAAUACAACUUCCUGGCCAAUCUGGACCAUGUGGAAUUCAAGCGCUUCCGCUUUUUGGUGAUUGAGGCCAUCCUAGCCACAGACCUGAAGAAGCACUUUGACUUUUUAGCUGAGUUCAACGCUAAGGUGGGCCAUGAGGGAUGCUCAAGUAUUGACUGGACCAAUGAGAAUGACCGGCUCCUGGUGUGCCAAAUGUGUAUCAAGCUGGCCGACAUUAAUGGGCCUCUGAAACACAAAGAUCUUCAUCUACAGUGGACAGAAGGCAUUGUUAAUGAGUUCUAUGAGCAGGGCGAUGAGGAGGCCAGUCUGGGAUUACCCAUCAGCCCCUUCAUGGACCGCUCAGCACCACAACUAGCCAAGUUGCAGGAGUCCUUCAUCACACACAUUGUUGGACCACUCUGCAGUUCCUAUGACACAGCAGCCCUAAUGCCGGGUCGGUGGGUGGAGCCUUUACCAGACGAGGUUGAAGAAACAGUAACUGGUGUGGAGGAAACUGAUGAAGAAGACGAGGAAACCGAGGAAGAUGCCUCUACUAGUUCAGAGCAGUCUCAGAAACUGAUGCCCAAAAGGCGGCGAAAGGUCUUCUGUCAGAUCACGCAGCACCUUUUGGAGAACCACGAAAUGUGGAAGAAGGUCAUUGCUGAAGAGGCCCAAAGUCAAACAGAAGAGGAGUCCUCAUGCCUCAUUAAUGCCUCUGAGCCAAUCCUAGCCAUUUGUGAAGAGGAGGAGGAAGCAGGAAGCAGGGAUGCUGCAGUAGAGGACCAGGAUGAAGAAACAGAAGAAGAGGAAAUAGGGCCAAUAGAAGCCCCAGCAACAGAAGAACACUCUGACGAGAGUGAGGAGACACUGGUCCAAAAUAAUCAGGAGACUGUAAAUCAAGACACAGAAUCUGUAGAAAAAGCAAGAGAGGCAAUGCAGGAAUGGGACACUCCGGAGUGAACGAGAGACUUGCAGUCUGCUUGAGUUUAAGAGCAUUGUCUGAAUGAUUUUAUUUCCAAACAAGACUCCUAAUAAAUGGUUGCCAGCACAUCACUUAGACACAACACUGUAGAUGCUUUAGGGGAACAUGUGCCUAAAAGGAAACAGGGUGGGAGGGAUCUGAGUGUCCUGGGAUGGGGUUUAGUUCACCAGGUCCAAAACAGUUGCUACUAAGGGUCAGGACUUAGAGUAGCAUGAAGCUUAAAUCUUUUUUUUUUUACAUAUUACCUUGAGUGGAUUUUUUCGGUGGUGCCCACACUGCAACUUAGUGCUGAAGUGCCACUUAACGUCCAUGACAGGGGUCUCAGUGACCUGCACUUUAGCCAAGCAUUUUCUGAGUGUUCUGGUGCCAAUUAGAGGAAACCUGACAGUAGGACAUCCACAUUUUCUUUUUGUUGCCAUUUGUUUUUUUUGUGGAGGUAGGUAGCAUGUCCCAGCAAGUUUGCCAGCAGAAGUGCCACAAUAGUGAAUGUUCCAAGAUGGUGUUGUUGCUGCUUUUUCCACAGCUUUAUUCUGAAUUAGUGGUUGGCACUUUUUUUUGAUUGCAUUUUCCUAGUUUUUGACCUGAUUCCUGUUCCUCAGGAGACAAUGUCAUUGUAAAUAUUGUGUAACCUUUUGCUGGUCGGUUAUUUUCAGUUCUGCCUGUGCGCACUGGGGAAGGAAGGGAAUACCUUGUUGUAUAUGGUAAACUGUUUUCUUUGAAGACCUCACUAUUUUCUACAGGGAUAAUUAUUUUGCAAGAUACUUUAAUACAUACAUUUGUGUUCACAGGAGCUUAACACUAAUGGUUCUACUUCCCAGCUUCAAGUAUAUGACUUAGGGGUUUUUGUAUGAUUCUUUAAUGAUGGAUGCAAUGUAACUGUUUUAAGUGCUCAUUCAAGGACAAGCUAAUGUCUGAACCUAUCCUUCUCCGUUUGAUGGGAUAGUCAUACUUGCAACAUCUUCUCUCUUGUUGGACUAGCACUAUUCUAACUGUAGAAUCUUAGUCAAUGCAUUGGUGCUUCUAAUAAUGCUUUGGCUCAUCUUCAUAUACUUGCACCAGAACAGUAUAGGGGUUACCAUCUUCAGGUCGAAUUGUGAGUUGAAUAGAGAAACCAAACAAGGAAGGCCACUCAUACUGCAGCAGUGAAAAUAGCAGCCAUGUCCUAGGGGCAGUGUAGUCAUGCACACAUGUGAGCAGCUGAGAGAUUCCUAUCCCAGCAACCCAAGGGAGCCACACACGCGCACACACACACACAAGACAUGAGCUGUGCUCUGUGCAUCACGAAGAGAGACAGCAAUGUUACGUGCGCGACCCAUGCUGUCUUUGAUGUGUGGAGAGAGGCGGUAGUAUUGGAAGAGGUAAAGGGUUGAAGCCUUCUGCAGGCCUUAUCAGCCUGUGCCCAGUACUGCUGCACCAUAGCCUUGAAGAAGAGCCAAUUAAAACGUGGGAUUGGAAGGUGGGGAUUGGGUGUUAGUCAUACAUGUCAGUUUAGUACAACAUUCGCUCUCCUUUUGAAAUCUCUACUUCAUUUGCAGCGCAAUGCAGGCCUCAGUAUCAGUGGCCAGCACAGCAGAAUCCAAAAGAAUCCAAUGAAUUAUUCAAGCAAUACUGACACAUUCUGUAGGCAGAUGGUGUUUUUUGAAUAACGCCAUCAUAUUGUGAAGUAGGGCACAAUUCACAUUUUUUUGUAUUUUAUUUUCUCACACAAUGUGGUUGUGCAUGCCAAAUAUGACUUCAAAAUGUUUCUUUCACGUUGUCCAAAGCAUGCACCGGUGUAAUUGUCUAAAUGUGGACUACACUGUCGGGGCUUUUUUUUUAAUGAGUCAUAUUUUAUUUCUCCAGUUUUUGGAGACAAAAGGGAAAUAAUGUUGGGAAAGUUGAUUAUGUCAAUUUAGGUCCAUAAUGGCCUAUUAAACAAUGGUGGUUCAAAGUAUUAUUACAGUACUGUGCAAAAGCCUUAUGCAGCCAAGAAAGUAGUUUAAAACGUAGUACAAAUAAGUCUCAGUAGUAUAUAAACUUUUGCUAGUAAACAUUAGAAUAAAUUCAAGUAAACUCAAACACAGUAAAUGUUAAUGUUCUCUAAAUGUCUUGUUUUCACUUUUUUUGAAGUUAUUAUGUGUUUAAAAUAAUAUCACUUAGAAGAACGAUGGUUUGGUUGUUGACUUUUCUAUGCACUUCAGCCCCUGUAUGUAAUUGUUUGUUUGUUCUGAUUCAUGGUAAUGAAGGAAUAUUAGAUAAUCUGUGUAUUGAAGGUAACUUUAAAUGCUGGGCUUCCUUGAGAGACACACAUAAAUACACCCUUUAGUUUUUUUUUUUUUGCUAAGGUAUCACUUUCUCAACUGCCUACGACUUUUGCACUGUACUUUGCAUGUGUAUAUGUAUGUUUAAACAUUUUAAAAUGGUAAGGAAUCACAUUUUUGUAGGUGUAGUGAGAGAAUAGAUUCGAAAGCUGUGUUCCAACCUGUAUGAACAAUUAUUUCACUCACUGUGCCAUCCAUGAGUAAUCUCUUAUAAUCAAACUAUUUUUACCCCAGUAGUUAAGCAAUAUUUUCGCUUUACAUUCUAUUGAUGUAUAGUUUCUUAAUCCUUUAAACUAGCUUUGAGAAUGGAGCUUGCAUAUUGUGCAGAUAUCUGAAUCUGUGUUCAGUAUAGUCAGUGCCUGAUAUACUCGUUUUAGUCUUUAUCUUGGCAGAAAUUGUUUUUGGACCCACUCAGUAAAAGAUCUCAUUCCAAAUAGUAGCGACUUCCUGUUGGAAUCACUACUAAUUUUAAUUGCCUCAGGGUAAUUUUUAAUGGAAGCGUUUACACUUUGUCCUUCUUCUUUAAGAUCUGACCCUUACAAAUCAUUUAAAUUCACAUAUUACUCUAGACUAACAGUUACAAUUUAUAUUUAAUCUAACAUUUAUAUUACAACACCCAAAGAAACUCGACAAAACUGGAGAAUUAGACAUGUACUGUGUUUAGUAGGUUCUUUAAAAAAAUCAUAUUUUAAUUUAUAGUGUCCUCAUGUGAUUAGAUUGAUUAGAUAAUAGAUUAUGAAGGUAUUCAGUACCAUUUUGUUGACAUCACAGCUUUGUUUUACUGUCCUCCACUGUGCCUCUUAAUAACGGCCCUUCUCCCACUGCUUGGCCUUCAGUUCAGUCAGAACAUUCAGACUUCUCCUGUGUGUUUUUUUUUUAUGUACGUCAUACAACAAUCAUUUGAUAGCACAUUUCCUUCUUUUUUGAUGUGUUUUGCUUGCUUUUAUCAUUCUGCUGAUAUGUGUAUAUGUGUAAAUGUUUUGUGAGCCUCCAAGCCCUAAUGUAUUUUUGAAAGUAUCUCCAUUAUAUAUUCUAGACAUGUGCAAUGGCUUGCCCUCUGAGGCACCAGAGUAAAUCAACCAAAUGCACCAGAUUCAUCCAUCAGUCCUUUCUGCAUUCUAAUCACAACAGUCUGUUGGAGGAAGAUUACACUUAUAACUUAAAACCUAGUUCUUCCUUCACUGUCUUUAUUAUGUGCAUUUAGUUUGUAUUCCUGUUCUAAGCUGGUUUGGCCUAUGUCAUCCUUUUCUAUUGUUUGAUCUAAACUAUAUGCAUCUACUAACUGUAGUCGCUGGGCACUCUUUUCUUUCACCAAAAGUAACAAACAAGCUUUACACCUCUCUCAAAAUGAGAAAUGAGACUUGUAAUAUUUUAUAUGUAGUGGGCACCUCACUGACUAUUUUUUUUUCUCACUAGUAUGUUGCACUUAAUACAUGUAGCAAUACCUGUAGAAAGGGGAGAUGUGUAAUUCACCAGUAUUCAUUAAGUGAAAUACUCAUUUUUUUGCUGGUUAUGGUUCCAUUUUUUACAAACAAUAUGCUGUACAGGUAUAAAGUGAGGAGGCCGAAAAGUAAAAUGACAAAUGUCUUUUGGAUAAACAUUAUUUAUUUUUACUGUUUUGUAAUUUAGACACUAUACUGUAGCUCCUCUAUGGCCAGAAAUGCUGGAAGUGCCUCUCGGUAUAAUGUAUUAUACAGUAAAUAUAUAUUAUUAGAACUUGUCACAAGCUGAAAAUUGUGGAUGUUGUAAUGUGAAUACAGUUUAAUAUGUGUUAAA